CCUGGUUCCCAGUGAUACAGACUGACAGGUUAAAACCAUUCCUGAAUUGAUCCCGAUGUUCACCAUUGGGUUCGGCAGCAGUCGCCAGAAUUGGCUUCAAUAGCUCUGGGCUAUAAGAAAGGAUCAGCUUUAUUUCUCUUCACUGAGUACAGUGAUUCCUGCAGCAGUUAAAUGUUGGAUGAUGAUCGAUUGGGUGAUGGUCCCUGUGGAAUUUAAUCCAUGCACCACAACCAAAUGGGAUCUGAGAUCAAGAACCUUCUUCAGAGAACUGUAAAGUCUAGCUGUUUAUCGGCAGAGUGCUAAAAGCUACAGGCACGGCGUAUGUGGACUUUUAGGGAGCAUAGGGACAACUGCUGAUGGGCUAUCACCGUAUCAGAAGCCAGGCGAUCAAAUGGACUUGGAGCAUCGAAGGGUCAGGCAGGGGAGGAAACGACAGCGUCGAAAAGCAGAGAUGCAUAUUUCCAAUGGCGAGGAGAUGGAGCCGCUCAAGGACAGCCUGAAGGACAAUGCGUGCUUGAAGAACCACAUUGCCAUUUGUAAGGAGGAGAGUGUUUCCUUUAAUGUGCUGCCAGACUGUAUGCAGAAUGAUCAAAAGAGGGUUAUCACUUCCCUCAGUCCUGAUGUGGCAGAGACAUCAAAUAGUGAGAAGUUGGAAGCAAAGGAUAUGCCAGAUCCAGAUGCACAGAGGGACUCGGGGGCUAUUCUUUACAGGCAGCAAGUUCUAAGAUCCAAAGCUGAAUGGAAGAGACAGUUCACCUUGCCACUCAACAAGUGGAACACUGGCAGUGAAACCCAACUGCGAUUCAAGGCUUUGCAGACAAAAGCCAUCGGAGGGCAAGGUUCGGCGCACAGCUUGCCCCUGUACUGUGCCAGUGAGGACCAUGGGCCUGCCACAGGGUCUCCAGCAGGCAUCUAUGCCCUGUCUGGUCGGCAGGUGGUGGGUAAGGCUGACAGCUGGCCACACCAGAGCCUGGCCACCAAGAGCAACUUCACAGUCACUUCCAAGAGUGACUUCUCCCUCAAUACGCUGCUGGCGGAGUCUGAGAGGGGUGAGUCCAGUGGUCUACAGAGGCGGCCCUCACAAGGAUCAGACCAGGAGAAAACAACAAGGAGAAAAAUGAGAGUUUAUUCAACAGAUUCUCCAAGUGACGAGUCCUUCAGUAGUGGGAGUCUGGACUGCGAGUCUGUGUUUACAGGGACCCUAUUUGACAAUGACUUGAAAGACAAUGCUUUCCUAAGCAACAGUUUCUCACUGGAAGAUGACAUUGUCCCUCUGGAUGAUUCUGCCUCCGAUGAGCUCCCAUCGGAAUCCCUGCCUGGACUGGAGCCAGAGAUUCAGUGUCAUUUAGUGGCCUCGGUCAACCUGGGUGAGGUGCCAUCCAUUGCCAGCUGCAUGGAGCAGGAGAAACGGCGUUUCUCAGCCUCCGAACUGAUAAACAGACUGCACCUCUCUCAGAAGAAAGUAGCACAAGCUUUGAAGCUGAACAAGUCCCUGCCAGGAAGGUCCACACCUCGAGAGAAGACAUCGACUUUCUCCCUUGAAGGCAGAGAGAGUGCAAAAAAAAAGAGCAAGUCUCUCGUCUCGAUCAACAGCAAUAUGUCUCCAAAGCCACAAAGGAGUGGUCUCAUCUUUGACAGUCCUCCACCCAACAUGUGGAAGUCAAGCACCGUUCCAAGGAGAGUGGGGUCAGAAGGGGAAUUGAAUGCAAAACAGCUGAGAGAAAGGAGGCAUUCCAGGUUUCUACUGAACUCGAUCCUGUACCAGGAGUACAGCAAUGUGGCGAGUGACCGUGAAAUCCAAAGGCAGAAACGGGCCGACACAGUCAUCGAAGAAGAUGACGCCAUCCUGGUCAGCAAGUACAGAUCAUUACCAAAGAACUCAGGCUGGUCCCAGAGGUCCGUUCGAGGGAACGCAUUUGCUCUUUGGCAGGACAUCCCGGAUGUGCGGAGAAGUGGGCUGCUGGAUCGAAUGGGCAAUGAGCAGCGGAAACUGCAGGAGGCCAAAUUUGAACUGGUCACUUCGGAAGGAUCCUACCUUCGGAGUCUCACCAUCGCCGUCGAACAUUUCCAUAACUCCAGGGAGCUCCAGGGAUGUCUCAACAUUCAGGAAAAGCAGUGGCUGUUCUCCAAACUGCCCGAUGUCAAAGAUGUCAGUGAAAAGUUCCUGCAGGAGCUGGAAGAGAGGCUGGAGAAGGAUAUCUUGAAUUUUGAUGUGUGUGACAUUGUGCUGGCUCACUGCCCCGCCUUCAGGAGAGUCUAUGUGCCUUACGUGACCAACCAGGCAUAUCAAGAACAGACUUACCAGCGGCUGCUGCAGGAGAAUUCCAGGUUUUCCAGUAUCUUGGCCAAGCUGGAAGAGGAUCAAGUUUGCCAGCGACUGCCCCUCACCUCAUUUCUAAUCCUGCCAUUCCAGAGGAUAAUGAGACUGAAGAUGUUGGUGGAGAAUAUAUUGAAACGUACCAAACAGGGCUCCCAGGAGGAAGAGACAGCCACAAAGGCCUUCGACAAACUCAAAAAGCUGACACAAGAGUGUAAUUCUAGUGUACAGUCAAUGAAGAGGACAGAGGAACUCAUUCACCUGAACAAUAAAAUCCACUUUGAAAGUAAGAUUUUCCCACUGAUCUCUCAGUCCCGUUGGCUGGUAAAGCAUGGGGAACUGACUGAAGUGGAUUCCCAGGUCAAUAACACCACCGGGUCGAAAUUCAAGCUCUCCACGAGGCCCAUUUACCUGCACCUCUUCAAUGACUGCCUCCUGCUUUCUCGAAAAAAGGAGUAA